ACAUUUCUCCGAAGUGUUGACGCCCUCUAGGUUCGUGAAUGUCUGAAGAACUAGCUCGAACGGACCGUACGGUAAUAUCUAGUCUUAAUAGUUGCUUUAUUAAACUUAUAAGACCGGUUAAAUUGCUCACUGCUCUGAAGCAAUUCAAGGUAUUGUUCCAGUGAUAUGGCAAGCCGUAGACAUGCUGUCCUGACAUGUAUUAGACUCUUCUCUCGGCAGCAGCAGCAUCGAGGUCUUGCAGAUGCUUCCCCCAAGCAACAAUCUCUCUGGGCUAAUGUAGAUGCUAAGAUAGAGCUUGCACUCCCAGAAAAACUCAAACCAUUGUGGAACCACCCGGCAGGAAUGAAAACUAUUCACUUCUGGGCUCCUUGUUUUAAAUGGUGCCUUGUAUUUGCUGGAAUCGCUGAUUACACUCGUCCUGCAGAGAAUUUAAGUGUUAGACAGUCUGGUGCUCUAGCUGCUACAGGUGUAAUUUGGGCUAGAUACUCAAUAGUGAUCAUCCCUAAAAACUGGAAUCUGUUCAGUGUUAACUUCUUUCUUGGUCUGACUGGACUCAUGCAACUUCUUAGGAUUUAUUUAUAUACAAAGGAGCAAGAGAAACUGGCAGCAGAGAAGGCCUCAGAAUUAGCUUCAGAGUCAACUGCCACAGCUGUCACUCAAGCUUGAUGACAAGUCCAUCCAAAUCACUUGAUCUUCCAGACACACUAUGAUGGUAGACCUACAACAGGAGAUCACAUGGUCUUGACGAUGAUGUAUUGAGUUUGGUGAUAUGACUAUGAUUGUCACCCUGCUGAAGGUUUGAUGAUGAUUGAAUUCUGAUAGAAGAAAUCUUAUUAUGAGUAUAUACACUAGCAUAUUCACUUGUCACUCAUUGAAAAUAACAUGAAUGGUUCUGGGAGUCAAGUUUUCACAAUAUAUUGUGUUUCUCCACCUGUUUGUCUGCAUUAUGCCAAUUAAAAGAGCAAAAAAAAAAAAUCAUCUAUGAAUUAUAGAUAAUAUAGUGAGAUUUAUUAAACAAUCCUACUGCGUGUAUCCUCCUUCACUCAUUUUGAUUAUCAUUGGAAGUCAGGUAUAUCUAGGUCCUGUUUCAUAAAGGCUUGUUAUAAUAACAAAUUUACUAUUAGCCAAUCAGAUUGAAGGAUUUCAGUACUUGUUAACCAUAAUUUGCAAAUGUGUUAUUAUAACACGUUUUAUUAAACAUACCCCAGACCUGAUUUACAAUAGCAAAGAGACAAAAGGUAAUUAAUAAACAGGAAAUAAUUGCUAUAUUUUUAUUAUACAAGAUAUUUAGACAAGCGAAAAUCAAACAAUAAGGACCAAUUUUGUUCUCACUGAUGUAGGUAGAGAGCAUCUUCCUCGUUCUUAUCUCAUUUAGCUACAUAUCCCAUCCAUGCAAGGAAUAAAACGUUUAAAACUAUUGAGAUGUUUCUGAAUAUUUCAAAGCUGUUUUAAUAUUGAAGAAUGUUCAUGAAAUGUCAAUUUAUUGUUUCAAUAUAUUUAUGCAGCUCAGAAUGCAAUGCACAAAUAUUAUGUUUACACAAAGGGAAUAUUUGAGAUGGGCCCACACAUGAAUUUCUUUGAAAUGUUGCAAUUUCUAUGUAUGUUUGUAUGUAUAAUUAUUAAUUGGAAAGCAGGGUUAACAUUGUACUAUUAUGCUGAUGUAGGUUUUGAUGAACUAGACACAUUAGUAUAGUUAGAUUUAGCAUUGCACAUACACACAGGAAAUUAGCAUGAUUUGAAUGAUGGUCUGUUUAUAAUGUGCAUUGAAAUCAGAAGUGACAAAAGGGUAUACAUGUAGAUAUUUGUGUGUUUCACUCCUAGCUUUCUAAUCAAGAUAAAACACCUGACUUGCUGCUACUUUGAAAGCACAGAAUGCUUGAUGCCCCUGAAUAAAUCCUUUUUUUUUUCCAGCAUAAUUCUACCAGCUCUUCUAUGUUGUCACACAUAUCUAUAAAGGAAAGGUUCAUGGACUCAUCUAAAACAAACAUUGAUGUGUAUGCCCACUAUUUAUUAAUUUUACUGCCGUGAUUAUCAUUUUUCAAUAACUGUUUGAAAAUUCUUAAUAAUUUUGUUUGUGCUAGUCUGAAAAACUGUAUUUCCCUCUCCAUUGAAGAUGGAUGAAUAAUAAUUGUUGUUUACAUGAGUCUACAUUUUGAAAGAACUUGCAUGAUUUACUCAAAUAAUUCUUAGUUUUCCACAGGUAAUCUUUUUUGCAAUUUUAGUGUGAGUUUGAAAAAUAAGAAUUGUUAGUUGUACAAAAAAUGGCAAAUUUAAAGCAAUCCAGCUAAUCAUGCCAGUAAGAAAAUUAAAAUUUUCUUGCUCUUCAAAAUAAUACAUGUAUGUAUAUGUUGCUCAUCUUUGGCAGAUGACAUAGUGACAAUAUGUUAACACAAGGCUGAAAUUGUACAGAGUUUUUGACUUUUGAAAUACAUGUACAUGUAAUGAAUAUGGUUGAAACACAUCCUAUAAAAGUUUAUUUUAUAUAAUUAGGUUUAUUGCCCAUACAUACAUAGUACAAGUGAAUAAGGCAGGGCUACUCUACGACUGUUGAAAUAAGUGAUGGAUUUUCGGUCCAGGGCUUUUUAUUGCAUUGAUGGCAUUGAUAGCCCAAAUGCACAAUAUGGUACAUUGGUUUGUAACCUGCAUAUGCAGAUUUAAUUUGUUGUUACUAUCAAUUCACUGUACAUGAAUUGAGAAAUGGUCCUAUGCUGAAAGGAUGUUUUUUAUCACUGAGUGCAUUUAUGAAGUUGGGACUUUUCAUCCUGUCUACAUGCUAGUACUUUUGAUAAUUAUCAUCUGCAAAAAUAGAUUAAAACAACGUUAUUAUUUAAACUUAUAUAAUACAGUGUAGGUAUAUAUAUAACUUAAAUGAUAUGCGUAUUGCUUAAAACUGCAUAAAUCCUUAUCAUUGAGCAAUAUCAAUAGACUGUGUAACCUUAUUUUCCUGUGCAGCUCCAGGAGUGCGUGUGCAUAGAGUACAUUGUUUUGUAACACUGGAUCAGAUGUCCAUGUUGGAAAUGAUAGCUUUUUCAUAUUCAUUUAUGUAUUUAUAACACUUUAUUGUAUUUGCAUAUUAAACAGGACUAUGAGCUGAAUUAACAUUUCUUCAAAAAAGAAUGAAAUCUGUGAUAACAUUCAGAUCAUGCAUGUUAUUCAUUGACAUUGAGUUUCUAAAACAUGUUCAUUUUAAAUAUUUCAACUUUAACAAAAAAAUAAAGAUUAUAAUCUGAGCCCAUGGCAGAAAGAGUUCCAUUCAAAAGUAAUUAUAAGAAACAAAGAAAACCUGACCUUCAACAUAUCAAAAUAUGAGCUUGAUAUACAACACAAUAGACCGCUUCUAGCCUUAGAUCAUGUAGUAGCAAACAUAUGAGCUUGAUAUACAACACAAUAGACUGCUACUGGCCUUAGAUCAUGUAGUAGCAAACAUAUAUAUGAGCUUGAUAUACAACACAAUAGACUGCUUCUGGCCUUAGAUCAUGUAGUAGCAAACAAAUAUAUGAGCUUGAUAUACAACACAAUAGACUGCUACUGGCCUUAGAUCAUGUAGUAGCAAACAUAUAUAUGAGCUUGAUAUACAACACAAUAGACUGCUACUGGCCUUAGAUCAUGUAGUAGCAAACAUAUAUAUGAGCUUGAUAUACAACACAAUAGACUGCUUCUAGCCUUAGAUCAUGUAGUAGCAAACAUAUAUAUGAGCUUGAUAUACAACACAAUAGACUGCUUCUGGCCUUAGAUCAUGUAGUAGCAAACAUAUAUAUGAGCUUGAUAUACAACACAAUAGACUGCUACUGGCCUUAGAUCAUGUAGUAGCAAACAUAUAUAUGAGCUUGAUAUACAACACAAUAGACUGCUACUGGCCUUAGAUCAUGUAGUAGCAAACAUAUAUAUGAGCUUGAUAUACAACACAAUAGACUGCUACUGGCCUUAGAUCAUGUAGUAGCAAACAUAUAUAUGAGCUUGAUAUACAACACAAUAGACUGCUACUGGCCUUAGAUCAUGUAGUAGCAAACAUAUAUAUGAGCUUGAUAUACAACACAAUAGACUGCUUCUGGCCUUAGAUCAUGUAGUAGCAAACAUAAGCUUGAUAUGCUACACAAUAGACUGCUACUGGCCUUAGAUCAUGUAGUAGCAAACAUAUAUAUGAGCUUGAUAUACAACACAAUAGACUGCUUCUGGCCUUAGAUCAUGUAGUAGCAAACAUAUAUAUGAGCUUGAUAUACAACACAAUAGACUGCUUCUGGCCUUAGAUCAUGUAGUAGCAAACAUAUAUAUGAGCUUGAUAUACAACACAAUAGACUGCUUCUGGCCUUAGAUCAUGUAGUAGCAAACAUAUAUAUGAGCUUGAUAUACAACACAAUAGACUGCUACUGGCCUUAGAUCAUGUAGUAGCAAACAUAUAUAUGAGCUUGAUAUACAACACAAUAGACUGCUUCUGGCCUUAGAUCAUGUAGUAGCAAACAUAUAUAUGAGCUUGAUAUACAACACAAUAGACUGCUUCUGGCCUUAGAUCAUGUAGUAGCAAACAUAUAUAUGAGCUUGAUAUACAACACAAUAGACUGCUUCUGGCCUUAGAUCAUGUAGUAGCAAACAUAUAUAUGAGCUUGAUAUACAACACAAUAGACUGCUACUGGCCUUAGAUCAUGUAGUAGCAAACAAAUAUAUGAGCUUGAUAUACAACACAAUAGACUGCUACUGGCCUUAGAUCAUGUAGUAGCAAACAUAUAUAUGAGCUUGAUAUACAACACAAUAGACCGCUUCUGGCCUUAGAUCAUGUAGUAGCAAACAUAUAUAUGAGCUUGAUAUACAACACAAUAGACUGCUACUGGCCUUAGAUCAUGUAGUAGCAAACAUAUAUAUGAGCUUGAUAUACAACACAAUAGACUGCUACUGGCCUUAGAUCAUGUAGUAGCAAACAUAUAUAUGAGCUUGAUAUACAACACAAUAGACUGCUACUGGCCUUAGAUCAUGUAGUAGCAAACAAAUAUAUGAGCUUGAUAUACAACACAAUAGACUGCUACUGGUCUUAGAUCAUGUAGUAGCAAACAUAUAUAUGAGCUUGAUAUACAACACAAUAGACUGCUUCUGGCCUUAGAUCAUGUAGUAGCAAACAUAUAUAUGAGCUUGAUAUACAACACAAUAGACUGCUACUGGCCUUAGAUCAUGUAGUAGCAAACAUAUAUAUGAGCUUGAUAUACAACACAAUAGACUGCUACUGGCCUUAGAUCAUGUAGUAGCAAACAUAUAUAUGAGCUUGAUAUACAACACAAUAGACUGCUUCUGGCCUUAGAUCAUGUAGUAGCAAACAUAUAUAUGAGCUUGAUAUACAACACAAUAGACUGCUACUGGCCUUAGAUCAUGUAGUAGCAAACAUAUAUAUGAGCUUGAUAUACAACACAAUAGACUGCUACUGGCCUUAGAUCAUGUAGUAGCAAACAUAUAUAUGAGCUUGAUAUACAACACAAUAGACUGCUUCUGGCCUUAGAUCAUGUAGUAGCAAACAUAAGCUUGAUAUGCUACACAAUAGACUGCUUCUGGCCUUAGAUCAUGUAUUUAGUAGUAAGCAAUAUGCAGAUGUGCUUUUAGUGUCAUGUACUUACUCCUUUGUAGAUCUUAUCAUGUUGGAUCAUUGAAGAUAUUUAAUUUGGUUGGUAAUCAAAUUUGCUCUGUGCUGUAAAACUUGUUUCAAGAAGUAUUCAAAAAGUGUUCAGUAUUUUAAUACCUCGGUACAAGUUUAAAUGUAAAAUGAGCAGAAGUUAUAUCAUAUUUUAGAUUUGAAAAAGAAAAUAUGCACGAUGCAAAAUUAGAAGAAAAAAAAAGGGAAGACGGUUUUU